CAGCCAUCGUACAACCCCGAACACGACAAACAGCGAGAACUCAAUUUUUGGAAAACCCCAUCACAAAAGCAUCAAAACACUUCUGCUGGUGGCCGCAACAGUCCCUACAGGCCAUCGCGCGUCCCUCCGCGUCGAUUUGGCACCUGUAGGGUCGCCGUUGCGGCCGCGGCAGGGACAGACCGACAAAAUCCGUGAGCAAGCUACACAAUAUGACACGUCCAUCGAACGCAGCAACAGUCAUCUAGCUGCGACACGGCAACACGAAAGUGACGACAGAGCCCAAACACCUCUCUAGCGCAGUCACAACACACAGUAUACAGUUACUGAUGGGUUUCCUGGUCAGCCCAUUGCCAACCGACAAUGUUUGCGACGUCCCGCAUUGACGAGCCCUCGGACUGAACGGCGUCACCUCUCACACGAACCACCUCACAGACACCCGGCAUGCUACCAUUGGUGCCACACAAUACUGCAGAUUAACAGACAGCCUCGUCCACUGUCGCCCCUAUCCCGUGUCAAAGGAGUGGUGCCCCCUCGACACACCCGACAAGGUC